AUGCUAGAAGAGUUGAAUAUGCAAGUGCAGGAGUCCAAUAUCGCGCAAGCCCGGAAGAGGAGAUUCAUCCUAGAGUCUAGGGGCUACAUCGACAUCAUCAAGCCUGGAGAAGACGUUGUGCCCAUCACCGCUACCCAGUACGAACAGCGCAUCCAGCAAUCCACACCGAGCUGGGACAACAGCCUCAUCGUCUGCACCUCCACAGAAGCACGCGACCUACUCCAGCGCUUCACCCUCCAAGUCCCCCUCCUCGUCCCCUUAGAACUAAACAACAGCCCGGAACCACGCACCCUCUACUCCGCCCAACACUACGAAGCCGUCCUAAAAUUCCGCAAACACGCCUCAACCGAACCCUACAUGGACAUCCAAGACCUCACAUCCAAAAACAUAACCCGCCGGCUCACCAUCUCCACCGCCCUAAAACGCAUGUCCGACCCUACCGUCCUCCCCAUAAACCUGCUCGACAUCCGGCCCGUACGUCAGAACGUAUUACCCUGGGAGCUCAACAAUCUCACCGACUACAGCAUCCUAUCCGAAGCGACGGAAUACGGUGGCAUGUCCAACCACUCGGACCCGAACCUCAGCGAUCUCUCUAGUAAAACUGGGUUCGCUCUCUGGGGCAAACGAGGCGUAUGGUCUUUCCCUCACGUUGACGAACAUGGCCUCUACACCGGUGUAUUGUGUGAGACUGGCUCGAAAUUGUGGUUUACGUGGUCGCUUUCCGACUCUGAACGCGAGGAAUGGGCUGUAGCACGACAAGCAGGUAUCCAGUAUGCACCAAACAAACCCGGUUUUCCUAUUUACCUCAAGAAAGGGGAUUUGUUACUUAUGCCACCGGGGACAGUUCAUGCGCCACUGUCGCUGGAGGAUGACGACGCGGAACCCACCUUCAUCUCGGCCCUGCGCGAGCUCGAGAGCCCCGUAAACGACGACGUGCUCAACCUCGCCGCCACGCUGGGCACCCCGACGGACGAACAAGGCAUCCCCAGCGACGACGACAUCGAACGCGCCCACGUCGACUAUCUCCGCGCAGCACGUGAGCGCGACCAGGCGCGGUUGGACCGGUCCCAGGAGCGAUUGCGCCUGCUGGAAAGGCAGCGAGACGAGCUGGAGCAGCGGGACCGCCUGCGCCGCGUGAUGAGUCGCCUCAGCCGCCUCAGCGACAACAACUAUGGCGACCGCGUGCCCAGUCAGAACAGCCUGUAUGACUGGUCGCCGGCGACAGAGGCCCCGGGCGCGCCCGAGAGCUCACUGAGGUCGACGGCCAUCCUCCAGUCGGCAGGCGUGCGCCGCCAUCCACGCUUCUCAGCGCGCACCAGGGAAGCCGCCACCAGCAGCGAAGCACCGCCACGCCACGCUUCACACCGCAGCCUCAGAGACAUGCUUGCCGCCCGAUCCAGCCUCUUCCCCGAGACCGUCCAGCGAGAACGCCGCCAGAUGUCUUCGCACCGAGACGCCGAGGCCCGCACGUCGCCCAUGCUGGAGCAGACCGUCAAGUACCUGUCGCGCAUACGCCACUCGCGCGACGACGACGAGAGCUGGGAGCGGGCGCGAGACGCCGGUUUCCUGACCAAGGACUUCUUCUUACAGCACGCAGACUUCGUCGCAAACACCCUCGCCAUACCGCCGCCCACCGAGACAUCAUGGCUGGCACCGGGCGCGAUACUCUCGGGCUGUCAGCAUGCAACGACAAUGCCCGCUGCCGCGACUACCACAUACAGCCGGCACACGGGACUCCCACCGCCCAUCCGACCGUGGAUAUGGAAUCCCAGCGAAGUCUCCACGAGCCGGAACUCGCAGCCCGACGCACAACCGCACCAAGACCGAUGGCCCGUCAAGGUCACCAUACACGACGUGGACUGGGAGCAGAUGUCUCUCUCCGCAACCAUGGAAGCGUAUAACGUACCUUCCCACCCGCAUCCGCACACCAUGUUUUCCCCCAGCAAUGCCACGCCGUCCGUCACGCGCACCUCCUCCAUUACGACCUACCUCGAAGGCGAAAUCCUCGACUUCAACAACUACACCCUCCUCACCGAAUCCUUUAAAUCGAAUGCCGCAAACGACGCAACAUAUUGGCGCAAACUGCCCCCAUUCCAGAAGAUGAGCGACGAAGACGUGGUCAGGGCAUUAACAAGCAAGAAGUGGCUCACCGAAGUCCUGGGCCAGAACUGGAUACUCAUGCGCUGGAAAGAGCGAUGUUUUGUAAAGAGCCUGAACCGCAGCACCCCUGACCCUGUUCAGCCCCCACCCUCCACCACGAUACCCUCCUCCUUCUCCGCCGACCCUCCACCGUCCAAUCCCUGGGCCUCGACAGGUUCCUCCAACUACGCACCCGCCGCUCCUACCUCCACGCAUACUUCGCAACUCCAGCCCUCGCCCUACCGCAUAGUUCGCAACGCGCAAACUGGCCGUGCCGAAGUCGAAAUCACACCACAGCCGCUCUUCAACUCCGUCACGAACGACGCCGAACAAGCGACAUUCGACGACUCAGGCUGCGGGCUUACCAUCAGCGGGUUCUACUACGUGGCGCUUGACCGGAGAAGCGGGAUGCUAGAAGGGUUGUAUUAUGAUCCGCAGAGCAGUCCGUAUCAGUGUCUGAAGUUGGAGAGUGUCAACGGUGGACUGAGAACGGCGUGGAGUUUCAGAUGA